AUGCUCCGCCUCCACUACUGCCGGCAGGACCACAACGACGUGGCGUGCACCGUCCCGGAGUGCCGCGCGUUGGUCCAGGAGUACAAUCCGCGGUGUGCCGGUGGCCGCCACGGGCAGCGGCAACCUGAUUCCUCUGAGUACCUGGAGUGCGCAGGCAGGCUGUUGCACGCUGCAGAUGACUGCUGGGUUCAUAUGUUGUACCAAGUCGUCGAGGUCGCUAGUCGGGCCAACCUCGCCAAAGCUAUGGUCGAGCAAAUGGUUGGCGUUGCUGACGAUGAUGAUCAUUAG